UCUGACAUUCACGUGGAAUGAAAGGGUAGGUAACCAGUUUAUAUCAAUAUUGCGCCCUCUUGUGGCAGCUGACUUCAAACGUUUUCAAGGAGAGCAGACAUCAUCAUGCUGGCAUCAACAGUUAACAAAUUUCGGGUUGGUAUCGGCAAAGAUGCGAUGAGAUGUCUGUCCGCACAACACCGAAGUUACUCAAGUGGAGCUGACAAUGACUUAGUGGUAAUUGGUUCUGGCCCAGGAGGAUAUGUUGCAGCCAUCAAAGCUGCUCAGCUGGGAAUGAAGACAGUUUGUGUGGAGAAAAACCCCACGCUAGGAGGCACCUGUCUGAAUGUGGGCUGUAUCCCGUCUAAAGCACUGCUCAACAACUCUCAUUUCUACCACCUAGCCACUUCUAAUGAUCUCAGUAACAGAGGCAUUGAAUUUGAUGGGGUACGUCUUAAUCUGGCGAAAUCGAUGGCCACCAAAGAAAAAGCUGUCAAAGGGUUGACAGGCGGCAUAGCCCAUCUAUUCAAGCAAAACAAAGUUACACGAGUAGAUGGAUUUGGAAAAAUCACUGGCCCAAAUGAAGUCACAGUGACCAAAGCUGACGGGACAGAAGAGAAAAUCUCCUCUAAAAACAUCCUGAUAGCCACGGGAUCAGAAGUUACCCCCUUCCCAGGAAUUGAGAUUGAUGAGAAAACAGUCGUGUCAUCAACGGGAGCCUUGUCAUUGGAAAAAGUUCCCGAGAAAAUGGUGGUCAUUGGUGCCGGUGUCAUUGGAGUAGAACUGGGAUCCGUGUGGCAGAGAUACGGAGCUGAUGUAACAUGUGUGGAAUUCUUAUCCAAUGUUGGAGGUGUGGGAAUUGAUUUGGAUGUUGCCAAAAACUUUCAACGAAUCCUUCAAAAACAAGGACUGAAAUUCAAAAUGGACACCAAAGUUACCAGUGCUUCUAGAGUUGGAGACAAAAUUAAGGUGGCCGUUGAGGGCGUGAAAAACCAAAAACAAGAAGAGAUAGAAUGCGACGUGUUACUGGUGUGUAUCGGUAGGAGGCCAUACACCAACAACAUUGGCUUAGAGGAAGCAGGAAUUCCCAAGGACAGCCGAGGGAGGGUAGAGGUCAACUCACGAUUCCAGACUGUGGUUCCAAGUGUUUAUGCUAUUGGUGACUGCAUAAAUGGACCAAUGCUGGCACACAAAGCGGAGGAUGAGGGCAUCAUUUGUGUGGAGGGGAUGAUGGGCGGAGCUGUCCAUCUUGACUAUAACUGUGUCCCCUCAGUCAUUUACACUCACCCAGAGGUGGCCUGGGUAGGCAAGACAGAGGAGCAGCUGAAGGAGGAGGGAGUAGUCUACAAGGUAGGAAAAUUCCCAUUGGUGGCCAACAGUCGGGCCAAGACAAAUGAUGACACAGAUGGAUUCGUGAAAGUUUUAGCUGAUAAAGAAACCGAUAAAUUAUUGGGAUGUCACUUCAUAGGUUCAGUGGCUGGAGAAUUAAUCAAUGAAGCUGUUUUAGCUAUGGAAUAUGGAGCAUCAUGUGAGGACAUUGCUCGAGUUUGUCAUGCACAUCCUACGGUAUCGGAAGCCUUACGAGAAGCCAACUUAGCAGCAUAUGCAGGGAAGGCCAUUAACUGCUAGCAGUGGUAGCCUUGCACAUUUUAUUAUUUAUUGACAGUUUUUGAUUCAUGCUGGAGACACUUCAAAUUUAUGUAACCUGAUUCCUAAUAGUGGAGACAGGUUGUUUUUAAUGUGAAGAGUUCAGAAUAUCUAUUCUUGAGUGACCAAUUCCACACUGUUGUCUAAGUGAGAGUGCUCUGUUGAAGCUGAUUUCAGCGAAUUGUUGAAGACCAAGGUUUGUGACUGGUUCUGGUACUUUGAUUUCAUGUGGUCUUUAAUAGCAAAAACAUUGUAUGCUAAGAAUCUCCAUCAGUCUAAGAUAUAUAGAGAUUUAUAUAUAUAUACUGACUUGCUUGUUAAUAUUAUGCAUCACUUUGUUAAACUUUAUUAAUAAAAAAAAUGUUUGUAGAUAAAGUAAUUCAGUCUUAAAUAUCAGAAUAAAUCCAUGUAUUUCUGAAAA